UGUUUCCUCCAGCUCAAGAUGAAGUCUUCCUGAACAAAACCGCCUACGAUGACCCUUUUCUGACAUUUAUUUCGCCUUCAAGUCUUCAUUUUUUUAUUUUUAUGAUUUGCAGUGUUUUGGAGGAGGAGCAUUACCACGAUGACGGUCACUCACAACUUCUUUGCUCUCCUACUUUUCUGCAUAGCAGUGUGCAGCUGUUUUGAGCCCGCUCUCAGUUAUGACCAUUGUGGGCACUCUCUUCAAGUCUUAGAGAGCAGAGAGGGAGAGAUAAGGAGCUCUGCUUACCACAGCUGGUCCUACCGCUUCGGCUCUACAUACGACUGCUGGAUCAUAAAGGGUUCAGAAGGAGAACCCGUCGUUCUCAGCUUCUCCCAGUUUUCAGUCCGGUGUAAGAAGGAAUGGGUGACUAUAAAAUCCUCAGCUGGAGGGGAGCCGUUUGUCCUUUGCGGAUCCAAGUUGCCGCAGCCAAUGGAAUUCCCAGGGGGAAACAUUACAGUGACGCAUCACUUUCUCCCGCAUCUGUUCCCUGUGUCGUCGUUUCGGUUGAGCUACGCCAGAAACUCUGGUGAAUGCCCGUUAACAUCUUUUGAAUGCCUCGGAGGGCGCUGCCUACCCCUCUCCUGGCGCUGUAACGGUCAGAUUGAGUGUCUCGGAGAAGGCAACGGUCUCGGCACAGAUGAACAGGGCUGUGCUGCCGAAGCGGACCCCCCACAAAACCCCAAGAACAGCAUCACACAGGCAGAAGAGGGCAAAGCAGAGACGUACCCAGAGAGGAACAGUGACAGGGACUCGGAGAGGCACAGGGUCGCAGAUAAACCCGAGAGCUCUGAUAUGUCAGCGGAGCAGAACUUGGAGUCUGAUCUGUGGUCGCUGCUGAAGGAGAGGGAGGAGGAGCGGGAGCCCUUUGUGGUGCACGUUGUGACGCCCACACCUACUCCGUGGCCCUGCGGAGGGCUUCUCCAGACCUUCUAUGGGACCUUCUCGCCUCCAGCCAAUCGUGAUACCGGACUGUUCUGUGUUUGGACUCUGGACCCACAAGACUCCAGGCCGCUCAGACUGGACUUGCAGCAGCUGGUGCUGGGGGUCGGGGACAACCUCACCGUCAGCAACAGAGAACAAGGCAAAGGAGACUUAAUCAAAAUUAUCACCAGCGCCUCCAAUUACAAAUCAGUCCAAGUAGAAUCUCACACUGGCCUGCUGUCGCUGACCUAUCAGACUCUUCCCAAAUCGAAUGGGAGCGGCUUUAACGCUACGUUCCACGUCGGGACUUACUGCCCUCCGUGGGAGGGUCGCUGUGGCGGUGCGUCAGGAGGUUGCUUCACUCAGGAGCAGCGCUGCGACGGGAAGUGGGACUGUCCAGAGACGGGGAAGGACGAGGAGGGGUGCCGCGGCUGCAGCCCAAACCAGUUUGCCUGCGGAGUGGCGGGGCAGAGGGCGGUGUCAUCGAGCCACUUCGCUGGCAGGUCGGUGUGUUACCCCGUCAGCGAGAGAUGCAACUACCAGCUGUACUGUGCUGACGGCAGCGACGAGAGGGACUGCACCGUGUGCCAGCCAGGGACUUUUCACUGCGACAGCGACAGGUGUGUGUUUGAGAGCUGGCGCUGUGACGGCCAGGUGGACUGCAAGGACGGCACAGACGAGCUGAACUGCACCGUCAUCCUGCCCCGCAAGGUCAUCACUGCGGCAACGGUGGGCAGCCUGGUGUGCGGGCUUCUGCUGGUCAUCGCCAUGGGCUGCACUUGUAAACUGUAUUCACUCAGGACCAGAGAGUACAGCAUGUUCGCACCAAUCAGCCGUCAGGAAGCGGAACUGAUCCAGCAGCAGGCUCCUCCGUCUUACGGUCAGCUGAUAGCCCAGGGCAUCAUUCCCCCAGUGGAGGACUUCCCCACAGAAAAUCCCAAUGAGACAUCAUCUCUUUCUCUGAGAGGGAUCCUCCAACUCCUCCGCCAGGACGCCGCCAACUCCCCUCACCGCAGACGCCGGCCACGAUUCGUCCGCCGAGCUGUUCGCCGCAUGAGGAGGUGGGGUCUAAUCCCCAGACCUCCAUCCAGACCCUCCCAGACGUCCAGCUCCACCCAGCAGCAGACAGACGCCGCUCCUCCCGGUCAGACGACGGCUCACUCGGCUCCCACCAGCUUCUCGUCGGCCGUGGAGGCGGUCAACCAGCCGGUGCCUCAGAAACUCGGCCUGCUGUCCCAGUCGGAGCAGCAGCAGCGCGAAGCACCAUCUCCUCUACUGCCGCCUCCUCCUCCUUCGCCUCUACCUGUCGCUUCCCCUCCUCCUCCUCCCUACGCUCCCCCAGCUCCACCCGCGGCCACUCCCCAAACUCCUCCCGUCGCCGUCCCCCCGAGCAGCCCCUCUCUGGCCUCCAUCUUCCACACGCUGGGCCUGAGCAUCUCUCUCUUCAGAGCCUCGCCCUCCUCCUCCUCCACCAACUCCAUGCCCCUCUCCGUCUCCCCGUCUUUCUCCUCCUCCUCCUCGUCUACCUCUGACGACGAGGUGCUGCUCAUCCCCCUGUCUGAAGACACCACUUCAGAGGAUGAUGUUCCCAUGCUCACCUGAAUGACGCCAGGACUUCCUCCCCCCUCCCCUGCACCUCCUCCACCUCUACUCUAUCUCCUUUACUCACUGAUAAUAACUGAAACCCAGUCUUUCCACAUUCGUUUGAACUUGAGCACAGGAGCGGCCCACCGCGACGACUCGCCCUCAUUGUGCAGAGUCCGGUGCCUUUUUGAAAUUGCUUUGAGUUGGAUUUGUGAACUUAAGGAGACGAGUAUUUUACCUUUUUUUUGUUUAAGACGAAAAAGCAUGGCUGACGUAUGUUUGUGAGUAAGCGUCGGUGAGUAUUGGUCGGAUGUGCACUUAAUUAACGCUCGGCUGCACAUUGAAGGUAAACUUUUGCACAGACGAAUCUUCCCUAUCCUGAUACCGAGGCGGCAGGCGACUGUCCAGCUGAUUGAGUGACGGAAAAUAAUUGUGUUUGUAUAACUGCAAACUGUGUGAAUGCGUUUGCAUUUUAGUCUUACGUAGACAGUGGAGUAUGUUUGUAGAUGUGGAUUAUCUCCACAUACUUCUGCCACUAACAUCCAGUCACAUGUUAUAUCAGAUAUUAUAGAGAGGAAGAGAAAAAGAAAAAGAAAUCCCCCUAUUUAAGUGCCUUUUUGAGGAGUUUCCUGUAGAUGGUUUGAGGAGAUUUAGACACACGACGCACACCGAAAAACACACACACACACACACAGGCAAAUGUUUUUCCCCACAUCAAACACACGCAAACGCACACACACACACACACACACACACACACACAUACAUCAAUGGCUUUAUUACAACAUGAAAAUGCAUGUCUACUCUGCAAGCUGGCAAUAAUUUUUCUUUUUUUUUGAGACCCCCGGUUUUAAGCACACAUGGCAACAACAGGUGUGCACCCCUUCCAAAGUGAAUGUAUGUAGUCUAAAAAAGCAAACGUGUCAAAAAGACAAUCUCUUAGGUGCCUGAUUUUAGGGUGUGUGUGUGUGCGCUGCGUGUGUGUGUGUGUGUGGUGUGCACAGCGCCCUGAAGUGAUGAAAAGGGCCCCUUCCCUCCUCCCACCCCCCCUCCGAGUACACGAAAUAGACUCAACUUGAAUCUUCAGCCCCUGAGGGGAAUUAAUCACAUUCUGACACAACAGACUUGUGGUGUGCCAUUUGUAUUAUUGUAUAUUUUAUGGUGUUUUUAUUUCUGCAAGUUGUUUUUCCUCUUUUUUUUCUUCUUUUCUUUCGCUCUCUCUCUCUUUUAAGUUUGUUCUGUUUUUGCUUUGUUGAAUGUAUUAGGGUCGACGUGGAGUAGGAAGUUUUAAAUUUACAAUAUAAUGAGAUAAAUAAGAGAGAAAGUGAUUUUAUGAUUUUAUUAGGGUCAACUUCACUGUACAUAAGUAAAAAUGUGGCUGACAUUAAACGAUUUGCACUUUUAA